AGUAUAUGCUCAAGUUAAAUACGUGCCGACAUGAAUUCGUACUAUGGUGGUGCCUAUCAAUAAGAAGCUACUUCAGGCCAGCGACAACCGUUCGGCCUCGUUAGUUAUACAGACUGGUUACGAUACAACAGGUGAAAUCUUAAAUACACCCACCGACGAUGAUGUAAUAGUACAAAGUGCUAUCAGCAAGUUUUCAUCUACCCGAACAGAAUACGUCGUGGAUCCAGAGGAUGCAACUUCUUACAUACCUCAGAAAACUUGGAAUGUAAAUUAUCGACAACAAUUUUUCAGAGCCAGUAUAUGGUUAAUCGCGAUAUCAUUAGCAGUAUAUUCGCAUUUUGAUUUGGUUCGCUUGCUUGGUCCAACCGAUACCAAUGAAAGCUAUUGGGUGCAGUUUGCAAAGGCCGCUGAACCACACAGGACAGUCUUGAAUAUCUAUUCAGCGGUGAUCGCUGGGUUCACAUUGAUAGCGGCCAUAAUUGUGGCCACUAUUGUUCUCAACCACUAUAAGGAGCCCCGUUUCCGAAUGCUGCUUCCUCCUUUUCUGUUCCAUUUAUGCCUGUUGGAUCUACUUUUCCCGUUCAUGGGCCUACUGCGACAUCUUUAUGGUAUCUACUAUUUAGAACUGCACAUGGGCCAAGUAAUGAAAAUUAUAGCGCUCACGUGUGAAUCUAUUGUCGUAACCUGUAUGUUGUAUGCUCUAUUGGCGAGGAUACGUGUCAUGUACGCUGUGUACGUUCGGGGCGAGUACGACGUCGAGUAUCACUGGACAGUGAUACGGAUAGCGAUUCAAUACGCAGUGUUUCACCUGUUCUGCCUCUUUUAUUUAGGGCCUCCAAAGUUUUACUGGUUAAGUUACAUGGGAAUACGCCUCGGAGUAUUUUGUAUUGUAUUGGAAACCUGUUACUACAUGGUACGGCUGCGUAAUACUAGAUACGAGGCCGAAAACUAUGCACAAUUACUCUAUAUAUGGGGCUAUGGGUGUUUUACCUUCAUUGUUCUGACUGUCGUGCUACCAGCUAUUCACCCAGUCGCGCGUUCGACUGACCAAUUCAUGGCAACCUUCAUCACUUUGUGGGCAAUGAAUGUAGAAGUGUUGGGACCAGCGCUGUGGUACACAUUUCGGACUUCUAUGAAGUGGGAAU